AUGUUUGUUAGUGACAAGGACAAGUUAAACGCCUGGAUUGGUUUGUAUGGAUUUGACUUGAACACUAAAAUACUGGUUGAGUGGUUUAUCCAUGUGAAUCCACGAUAUCUCGAAAAGAAUGCCACAUCAGCUGAGUCAGUACAACCAAGUGGCGAGUCUACUGUGUAA